UCACGUCCCCUCUCCUUUGCUCGCCCCUUCUCCAGCGUCCCCUGCGCCACCCUCCAAGGCAGACGGACGGCGGGACAGGCCGACAGCCGGCUCCAGGACCCUCGCGCGCCAUGGAGGCUCUGUCCAUUCAACUCCUGGAGGAGGACAGGGUGUCUUUAGGAAGGCAGGAACGCGAAGAAGAGGCCAGGAUGGAGGCCUUCUCUCCUUGGGGCUGCAGAACGGAUGAGGAAGAACCCGAAUGGGAACCCCCGCCCGUUGUCCGGAGGAAGGUGUCGUUCGCGGACGCGUUCGGCCUUGACCUGGUGUCCGUCAAGGAGUAUGACGACGUCAACGCCGCCGAGGACGGGGAGGACACCGUGAGUGAGUUGCCACCGCUUGAGGAGUUCUACCUGUCGUGUCUCUUUGCGGCACCUUCGUCCGAGGAGGAGCUGGAGAGGCGGUUGGAGACGCAGAUGGUGGAGCUGGAGAAAGUGGAGCUCCUCCCGGGAACCACCACACUCCGAGGCAGCGUCCGGGUCAUCAACCUCUGCUUCAGCAAAUCCGUCUAUGCCAGGAUCACCCUGGACCGCUGGAAAAGCUACUUUGACCUGCUGGCCGACUACGUACCUGGAUCGAGUGAUAGGAAAACAGAUCGGUUUACGUUCCGGUACGCCGUGGUUCCUCCAUUGGAGAAAGAGGGGACCAGAGUGGAGCUUUGCCUGCGCUACGAGACGUCGGCGGGAACGUUUUGGGCUAACAACCAGGAGAUGAACUAUGUCGUGUUCUGCCACCAGAAGAGUCCUGUGAAGCAACAAGUGCAGGAGGACAACGGCGGCCCGAAGGUGAAGAGGAGCUGCUUCAGAGCCAACAGGAGGGUGAGCGCACAAGAAAAGGAGAGGAUGGGCACAGCGACAUGUGCCGCAGAGGUCGAGGCCGCGAGUGAAGCGGAGGAGACGAGGGCAGAGAGUCAGUGGUUAUUCUCCCCUGCCGAAUGUAAACCUUUGGUGGCGAGCCUAAAAAGCCGGCAGAGAGCGGCGCGCCUGGCGCACGUGAAGGAAAUCUUCUCCCAGAGUUGGGGGCAAGCUUCCUCGUGUGACCCCAUGGGCACCCUCCAGCCCUCGGGAGAAUUCUUGCUUAAACGGCAAAGGAAACAAGUACUCGCCUAUCGCCAAAUUCCACUGAUUACACUGGACUGGGACAACGAUAAGCAGCAGCAGUGGGUGAGCUCGAACAUGGACAAUAUCUGGAGCGGAGGAGCCAAAGUGACCUUGUCAAAGGCAUCAGAGGAAAAUGGAAAAGGUGCGCUGUCUGUUAAUGAUAUUUGGGGGACCUUUCUUAAUGGGAAAGGUCCCAGCCCUGAUAACGAAAGCUCCGUAUGUGACGUAUGGCAGGCGUUUAUUCACGGGCCUCGCUACGAGGACAAGCGUGGCGUUCCCGAGUCCGAAGGGCUGCAGAACGCGGCCUCGGUCCCCCCGACGAGCGAGAAGCGGCAGGUACCCGGGAACGCACGGCCGGCCACCUCGGCGGCCUCGGCUGUCGGUCAGGCGCCGUCACACGCUUCGCCGGCUCACGUUUCCUCAUACGCCGGGGAUCGCCAGCCCUCGGAGACACGCGGUGGGAGAUCGAGAGGUGAAAACCGAGUCGCUGCCACUCUCGGGGAAUGCGGUUCUGCGGGGGCAGUGCUCGCGCCCUGUGGCUCUGUUGACAGUUUAAGUGAGUGUCACAAGCACGGAGAAGAACGGAAAAAAGGAGGAAUACAAGGAGACGAGGCCGUAGCAACAAGCCCGAGGGAGUCGACGACAACGGACAUGACAGCAGAGGCUGAGAAUGCCGGUCGCGACGGUGAUAGGACCUCACGGGAAGACACGGGUGGCGCGCACAAUGCGACGGAUGACUCGGUGGCAUUUUGGGACACGAUCGGACACGGCGCAAAGGACGCUGCCAGACGAGGAGCCGAGGACGGAAUCAUAACGAACUGUAUGCGUGCCGUCACAUCUACGGAAGAGGAGGAAGUCAAGCCUCAGGAAAACGACGCCACGGCGAAGAUCCCAGUUGAGUCAAACGAAAGCCGCGGAAUAAAACCUGCAGAUGAAAUCAAUCCAAACCAAAUAGCAAGUGUGGAAUCAAAGACCGAAGGCGUGUCGGCACGUGUGCGCCACGAGGACGUUAAACUGGAAGAAACUUUUUAUCGCAGUCAAGAAUUUGGCCACCUUCCCGAGGAAAAGGCCGCGCUUGGUGACCGUGUCGUCCUGUCCAACUGUUUAGGAGAUGACACGAGCUCAAUCAUGAGAGAAAAUCACGAAGGCCUCAUAGAUCCAUCAGCAAAAAAGGUCUAUGGCAAUCUUUUAUUUCCAGACGAACGUCAGAGAUUGACACAUUCGCAAAAACAAGGCUUCAACCCCACAAUGGAGAACAUCUCAAUAGAGCUUUGGAACCAACCUGAGUCAUCAGGGAGAGGCAAAAAGGAGCAAAGUAGCGUGGACAUAGUGAACUUCCCUUUAGUGGUAGACCAUAAUGUGGAGGACACCUGCCUCAGGAGCACUGAAUCAGAGCCUAUUGUGGCGGAAGCCCUCGCCGUGAUUGAGUCUAGAUGGGAUGGAGGACAAAUUGGAGACGACUUGGUCAGGAGGGUUCACGGUCAAGCUGGCCAUGAUCCACCAGGAAGCAAUAAAAUCUCCACAGAAGAAACCGGGCAGUCCACCCGCAGUCCCGCCAGGGGGUCCGGCGCGUUCCUGUGGUGGAGCGUGUUGUACAUCCUGAGUCACAUCACCAGAAUCGUCACCUGCAGCCUGCUCGUCUCCGGGUUCUUCGUCGUCCUCGUCCUGUACGAGUUCCCGGCGUUCUUCGUGCUCUACAUGUUUUCAAUGGCCUGGUGGUUUCACAAGCGGAGGAGCCCUCGGGGGGCAACAAACAAGGCGAUCGUCAGCUAGGUUGGAAUAGCGACAUAAGAUACAGUGUGUGUGAGAAUGUGUGUGAUUGAAAUAUAACACUACAGUACAUUAUUGGUACUUGAUCUUCAUAGUGUAUGAUCACACAGCCACAUAGUGAAGUAGGAGUAGGUGCAAAAACUCAAAAUCUGACCAAGAAUAUUUGUCUUAUUGCUAAGUAAAACUAAUUUGAUUACACUUAAAAUAAGACUCAACACCUAAAUAAUAACUUUUUUUUUUUUUUUUUUAGAUGAUUUUCAUUUGUUUCAAGCUGUUUUACUUGAAAUAAAGUAGAACAAAAAUUGUCAGCGCGGUAAGGUUUUUUUCUUGUUACAAUGAAAAAUGUCUUAUUUAAACUAACUAGAAAUAAGACAAAGAUUCUCGGUAACAUUUUUGCAGUGGUAGGUGCAAUAACACCAAUGUUACUAUAUGUAACAUUUUCUGUGAUUUUUAUAUCUGUAUUUUGGUCUUUCCUACUUUUCAACUAUUGUAGUGGUUGUCUGGCUUUCCUGAAUAAAGUAAAU